GGUUUCUUGCAGCUACAUUGUAGGCCAGCGUGACAGCACAAAUAGAAUGUGGAUUAUUAUUAUGAGAAAUGCACUAGCUAGCGCCAAUACAUGUCUGCUAACAAAACAGGACUCAUUAGGAAGCGGCAAGACUGAACAACGCUGGUUUCCGGAGUAGUGUGCUUGUGAAGUGCGGAUAGAUAGUGAGUCCAUGGCAUGAGCUUCUGUAGAUUUAAUAUUUUGUUUCAUUGGUUCGAUCCGGAAGGUCAGAGGUGGACGUUAUCCGUGCCUGGUCGCCAAGCAAUCAGCCGAGCUCAGUUGCAUGCACCGGGCUGAUACCCUGACCUGCUCAGUUGGAGUUUGGUUGAAGUUGUGAACACCCGCCGGGUCAAUACUGACCCAAUUCCACCGUGACUCUAAUCACAAGCGAUGGCGGAGAAGGCGGAGAGGGAGAAGCUGCUGGACACCAAGCUGACGGUGACACGUCGUCGCAGCAAACGUCGUCUGUUCUGCGUGCUCGUGUUCCUGUUGCUGAUUGCGCUGGUGGCCGCGUUUGCUGUUCUGACUCCGCUGGUGUUUCUAAAGAAGGAUGAUAACUCCAACACCAGUCCCUCAAGCUCUCAGCAGUUCUCGCAGGCUGCCGUUGCGGCCGACUCCGGCCUCUGCUCGGAGGCUGGCGCGGAAAUGCUGCGCAUGAAUGGUAGUGCGGUGGACGCUGCAAUAGCCGCUAUGCUCUGCAUCGGAGUGGUGAACUCACAUUCCGCUGGUUUGGGUGGUGGGGCGUUCAUGUUGAUAUACCGUCGUGAAGAUCGCAGCAGUAUCGUCAUUGACAGUCGUGAAGAAGCGCCCGGGGCGGCGGACAAGGAUAUGUUCGCUGACGAUCCGCAGAAGGCGCAGAAAGGAGGACUAGCAGUGGCCGUUCCGGGCGAGUUGCGUGGCAUGCGUGAAGCCUGGAUGCGCUACGGGGCGCUCAACUGGUCGGAGCUGUUUCAGCCGUCUAUCCGCAUCGCGACCAAUGGCUUUCCAGUGUCACCUACUAUAGCUGCUGCUAUUCGUUCUGCGGGUAAUGACAUACGGGCAGACCCUGGACUCCGGGAGAUCUACAUGAAGGACAACUACACGUCACUGCUGGUGGAGGGUGACAUUGUCAAGCGACCUCAAUUGGCGACAACCAUGGGCAAGCUGGCCGAGGAUCCUGAGGAUUUCUACACGGGCAACAUUGCUGAGCAGAUUGUCGCAGAUGUACAGGCUGGCGGAGGUAUCAUCACCCUGGCUGACUUGGCAGCUUAUCAGCCUGUGGUCCGAGAGACUGUGAACAUCACAUUGACUGGACCAGAUAUCUGUGUCACUGCUCCACCACCCUCCAGUGGUCUCAUCUCCAAUCUCUUUCUUGACAUCAUACACAACUACAACACGUCCGGCUGGGAUGGUUCGCUGACAGACUAUCAGAGGCUCGUUGAAGCCAUGAAGUUUGCGUACGGGCAGCGUCUGUCACUCGGCGACCCUGCAUUCGACCCGAUUGUCAACGAGACGUUGGAGAACAUCACCAAUCCAGCCGUGGUGCAGCAGAUGUUUGAAGCUAUUCGUGACAACGCCACGUUUGAGCCCGACCACUACGUCAACUGGUGGGAUGCCGGGCCGUCGCAGACCGGCACGUCGCACUUGUCUGUGCUAGCGGCUAACGGUGACGCUGUAGCGGUCACCACCACCAUCAAUACCUAUUUUGGAUCCAAAAUUCGCUCGCCAUCGCUGGGUAUUAUCUAUAACAACGAGAUGGAUGACUUCUCCUCCCCAAACACCAGCAAUGCGUACGGCUACCCACCAUCGCCAUCAAACUUCAUUGCUCCCAGAAAGCGACCAAUGUCGUCCAUGUCGCCCACCAUUAUCGUGGCACGAAAUGGUACGAUGCGAAUGGUGGUGGGUGCUUCUGGUGGCAGUAUCAUCAUCAGUGCCGUCUCUCAGGUGAUAUUCAAUCAGCGAUUUCUUGGCAUGUCUAUCGGCGAGGCGAUUGAGCGUGCUCGCUUCCAUCACCAGCUCAUGCCCAAUGUGCUGGAGGUGGAGAGAAGUCGAGGGUUCAGCGAGACCGUGCUGGAGGGUCUGCGCGCUAUUGGUCAUGACAUCAAGGAGGCAUCAUCACUGGCUGUUGUGCAAGGCAUUGUGAAGACGCCGACAGGCAUUGCAGCAGCAUGUGACACUCGCAAGGGUGGCUACCCGGACGGGUACUAAGUGACUACCUGGCGGCUACUUCAUCUCCCCUCCCGAUCCACUGCAACAGGAGUGUAUGCCCGCACUCCGCCUCCUGUAUUUCAUUGGACUGGAGACGGACGAUGAUGGUUAGUUGAACAGGUAAUACAUCAGCUUUGUGCACAUUCCUCCUCUACCUGCGUUCGGCUUGCACAGUCCUCUGGUCAGUCCCCACUCAUGUUCCAGAGGGUGUAAUUCUCAACUCAAACCAGCGCUCAGUAGGUGCAGGGAGUGUGCUUAUACUGUGCACACGCCAGGGAAGAAUUGCUGACCCAUACGCGUACUGAUUCGCUCAUGGACUUGGACUUUUCUGUCCUCUUUUUAGGUUUUAGGAAUUUGUUGAGAUCGUUACCCAUCAAAAAUAAUAUUAGCCAGCAGUUAUUACAAUAAUGUAGGCCACGUGAUUUGAACACAAUAGAAAUGGGGCACAGUAGGUAUAUAGACACUAGGUUGUAUGGACAGUAGGUAUUGAUCACAAUGGAACACGUGAUCACAGGCACUUGUGGAACGGAAUGUGCUUGCUCAUCCGCUACAGUACCAGCUAUGCAGCAGCAGUUGUACAAAGAAGCCAUGCAGUAGUACUACUGCUCUUAGCCAGGAACGGUGGAUUCUCUGCGGGAAGUUAUUAUUUAUGUGAAGAAAGUGCUCUGAAUGUUGGAGCUCGCACUUCCGGGCGACUGGAGCGCGAGCUCCAACAUUGAGAGCAGACACCUGUUCACGUAUUACUGCCGAAGUCGCAACAUCCUAUUUUAUAUACAAGUAUUCUAUUUCUUCUUUAUGGAUGAGUUCACCAUCAUUACCAUAUUGUCAUGCAAAUAUGGUAGAAUCCCGCUGAUUCAAGUUUUCGUUUUACUCCAAGUGUUUCGGACCUA